AUGGGCCUGCCCUCGAGCGUGGUCUCCUCCGUCGCCGGCGCGGUCGCCUGGUGCCUCCAGUCCGCGCCGCAGGGCGACGCGCCGCUGGACCCGCUCGCGGACGCCGUCGGCGCCUGGUCGGAGGGCGGGGCGGCGGCCGGCGCGCUGGGAGGCGCCCUGGCCGAGUGGGAGCGGCAGCUGAGCUGGUCGCAGCAGGAGGCGGGCGGCGAGGGCGAGGACGCCAGCGUGCUGCUGCAGGGGGCCUCGUCGUGGGGCGUGCGCUACGCCGCGCUCCCGCACCCGGUGGCCCUGUUCCAUGGCGACGCCGACGCAACCGUACCCGUGGCGUGCGCGGAGUGGCUGAUGGAACAAUUGCCGCUGGGCAGCGAACUCUUCCGUGUCCCUGGCGGCUCCCACGAGGACGUCAUGCUCUGCGUGGUCCCCGACGCGCUUCGGCUGCUGCUCCACGGCAGGCCCAGGAGGGGCAGGCCUCGCAGGGCGGCAUCCGCGUCGCCGCAGCGUCCCUAG